AUGAAGACAGGAUCCCUCCUCACCCAAUUUAGGGACCACUUCCGAUCCGCGCGGGCACGGCGUCGACGCGCGCCUCCGCAUCGCACCCCGCACGAAGCGCGGACUCGCGGGACUCGCGCGCCGCGUCGCGCCUCGACUCGCCGCGGGAACUCGCGCGCCGCGUCGUCCCUCGUGGGCCUCUCGACGCGAGGGUCGGAAUCGCGGAAAUCGGUCGACCCCCCUACAGGUAGCUCGCUCGCCGCUUUCGGAGCUCGUCGUCCGAUCCGUCCGUCCGUCGUCGCGAUGCCCGCCGCGUCGUCGCCGAAGCGCGGCCCCGGGUUCAAGAGCGACGCGUGCUCGAACGAGGUCGCGCGAUGGUUCGACCAGCAGUCGCAGCUGUCGAAGGACGCGUCGAGGCACGCGGGCGCGCUGGACACGAUGCGCGUCGGACGCCCGACGAUGGCGCCCGGAUCCUCCGCCGGACCGCUGGUCGUCGUCGAGCACAAGGCGACGUCGCUGGUGGACCUGCGCAAGCCGAAGCCGAAGCGCGAAUCGACGCCGCCGGUCGUGAACGUCGCGCUGUCGUUCGGCGACGAGGGCCGCGUCGCGGCGUCGGUCACGCCCGCCGCGACGCGCGCGAAGCGCAAGCCCCCGGUGCCCCUAUCGACGCGGCGGUCGCAGAAUCAUCCGAUCCCGACGCAGGCGACGCCGAUCGCGCCGACGUUCGCGUCCACGGUCGGCGCCGACGCGAUGGGCGUGGACCCGGUCACGGGCGAGAAGAUGAAGCCCGCGUACGGCGGGCUCAAGGGCGUGAAGACGGCGUAUCAGGAGAUCUUCAAUGCGUUCGGCGACCCGAAGACGGCGGAGACGCUGAAGCCGGUGCUCGCGAUGGCGAAGCCGGAUGCGGUGGAGAACCAGUCGCACAAGAGCGAGUGGGCGGACAUGGUGCGCGGGAACGAGGAGACGCAGAGGCACUGGCGCGAGAACGCGCUCAAGACGACGAACAUCGCGCACGACGAGCCGGUCAUCGCCGCGUUCGGGGAGGUGCCCGGGAUCGCGGAGGACAAGGCGCGGCAACGCGAGCGACUCAUGGAGAAAGUUUUGGGAUCGCGUCUCUACUACGGCGACCUGCUCAACGACGACGCGGCGGCCGCGCUGGAGGAAACGCUGAUGCACGCACCCCCGGAAGAGCGCGAGAAGAUUCUGGAGACGCUGCGGGACGUCCACGCCGGGACCGCGGUCGCGCGAGGCAAGCGCGCGCCGCUGUCGCACGACCACUACAGAGUCGGGUACAACCCGCUCGCGGCGGCUGCGGAGGCGAAGCGUCGCGCGGAGGCGGCGGCGUGCGUGUCCUCGGGCCCCACGCGCGCGGAGCAGGCGCGACGCGCGCGACGGAAGGAGAUCAAGCGCGCGGAGAUGGAGGACAAGCAGAGGAUGAAGGACGCGAUGCGUGAAGAGGCGGCGGCGACGGCGGCGGCGAAGGCGAGGGGCGGCGUGUGCUGCGACCCGCGCAAGAUGUCCUCGUCCAAGACGAAGGAUCCGUCCGCGUCGCAGUUCGACCUCGGGCCGUACGGCAAGCAGAAGACGGAGACGACGACGUACCAGUCGCAGUGCGGCAACCUCAGCGCCAUCCUAGACGAGAUCAAGCGCCCGGACCCGGCGCUGAAGACUGCAGACAACCCGAAGACGCGGCUCACCCCGGCGGUCGGCGCGGUGCAGUGGCUGGGCGUCGAGGAGCCCCGCAGGGUGUACCCCGUGCCGUUGCACCACAUCAGGCGCGCGCCCACGGAAGAGGAGGGGUUCAGGAGAGGGAACAGCACGAUGCGGCAGUCGUACCAGCCGCGGAGUCGGAAGGACAUGGCGGCGCAGGCCAAGUCGCAGAGGGCGACGGCGGCGGCGAGCAAGACGAUGCGGAGCGCGUCGACGAUUCCGCUCGGGCCGACGGGGCACAUGGACCACCCGCGGCAUCGGAAGCAGACGGGGUACGAGAGGGAUUACUCGUGGAGGGGCGCCGGCGCGGCGGAGGACGCGGGCGCGGGCGCGGUGGUCGCGGCGAGUUUGUAG